CGCCCACUGCACGCGGUAGCACAUUUAUGAGCGUUUCAGCUACUUAUUUUCACACAUUGGAACAUGAGAUAGAAGACAUUUGAUAGAAUAAUGAAGAAAAAAGUAUGGAACAACUAAAUCUUUAAACCAGAUCAAAACCUCCAACGAAGAAAGAGAGAAAUUCAUUGUCGUUAAAAAGACAACAAAGGCUUCUGAAACACAUUUGUUUACAUGGACGAUAGCUUGCCUUAUUCAGUAUGACAUUGGAAGAAAAGUGUAUCGAUUGUUUUGAUGACAAUUUAGCUGCAGAAUGUUUAGUGGAAAUGUCGAAUAAAGUAGUUUACUCAAGAGCAGAAUCAUCUGAUUCACAAAUUGAUGAACACGAGGUUGACUUGGUAACCAAUACAGAAACAGAUUCUUUGUUUUCUCUAGCAAGAGUACUAACAGAUUUAGGGCGAUACAAAAAGAAAAACACAGAUCAUGACUAUUAUAAAACGGAUCUCAAACCAGAACUCCUUCGAUCAUUGAGACAUGACGAAAAUUUUCUUGUCCGAAAUGACCAAAACAGAAGAUAUCGAAAGCGCGCUAAAAUGACCACGCCCACUUUAGAAGACAACAGUGACGAUGAAGAUUAUUUAGAAACGACUGGUAUUUCCUCAAGAAAAGUACACAAAUGUAUCUACAAAGAGUGCAAUAAAGUUUAUGGGAAAAGUUCUCAUUUAAAAGCUCAUCUGCGAACACACACAGGAGAGAAACCAUUUUUGUGCAACUGGGCUGGAUGUGGUAAAAAAUUUGCAAGAUCUGAUGAGCUAGCCAGACAUACAAGAACUCAUACUGGUGAAAAGAAAUUUCUGUGUCCAUUAUGUGACAAAAGAUUCAUGAGGAGUGACCAUCUCAACAAACAUGCACGGAGACAUCCAGGUUUUGAUCCUUCCAUGCUAAAAAAAAGAGCAAAGACUCUGCCAGAAGAGGCUUCAGCACUUUCAUGAAGAGAAUGAGAAUGUUGUUCUAAUACAAUGUAAUAGAAAUGUUUCUUAAAGACAUACCCCAUAAGAAUAGCAAUGCAAGUCAAAGAUAGCCAAAUAUAACUGUUUUGACAUUUUACCUGUGGUAUAUACAUUCUUGGCUUGGGACAUUUGUAGAAUUUAAGAUUUCUGUCAUGAAAGAUAAAGAGAAACCGAAUUUUUUAUAAUCUCAGUUUUUGAGGAUUAUAUUAUUAACAUGUGAUUUACAUGUAGAUCAAAUGUAGAAAUGUCCAAAUACACACAGUAAUACAAUAAAAUGUGUAUAAUUUUUAAAACAAGUUCACUUAACAAGAUACAAAAACUUGAGAAUGUGGCCAUGUGUGUUUAUUUUUAUGCGCCUACAAUAAUAGGCUGGCAUUAUGUUUUUCUGUCUGUGCGUCAAUGCGCUUUUUUCAUUUUAUCUUCUCAUUUCAGGAUAAAAUUUAGUUUAAGAUAGAUUUAAGUUUUGGUUUAAGGUAAUUUACAAUGAAGCUGUGGUCACUUUAACCUGAAACUUUUUACAUAUGUUCAGUAUGAUGUGAAAUUUUUACAAUAUAUGCCAAAUUACAGUUUUUACCUUACUGUUUACUGAACCUCGAAAAUGAUAGUGCUAGCAGGGAAUGGUGUCCUAUGGACACAUAUUUUUGUUUGUCUCAUUAUUUACAGUGAUAUUUAAGUCACUUUAUAACAAUUAUUUUUCUGUCUAUUGUUUCAUCUGGCAGAAUGUUAUACGACAGUGUUUAUUUUGUAGUAAUUAGAAAAAUAUGAAGUUGUUAGUAGUUAGAAUCCACCAUUGUGAAAUUCAAUAGGGGGAGUCUUUAUUCAGCAGAUAGAAUUUAAUUUUAUCAUAUUCAGAAUCAAUAUGUUCAUGUAUAACUGUGGAUAUUGUUGAAUGUAUGGGGUUGCAUCCUAUUAAAAAUAUAGAUAAGCAUAUAAAAAAUGUUUAAAACUGAAUACCAGUAUGUAGUUUAAAUUCAAAUUCAAAUAUAUUUCAUUUCCUACGUCAUGGGCCUAAGGUCACCAUAUAUUGAUUACUAUAUAUUUACUUAUACAAACAUGUACAGUGAUGUACAAAUAGUCUUUUCAACGAAUAUUUUUAAACUGCAAAUUUUCUGGUAUGGAUGUGUUGUUUUUCAUCUGUAGACAAAAAAUUAAAUUCACUUUUAUAAGUUUACUGAUGUUGUAAAGUGUAUAGUUUGUGACAGCUCUUUAGAUUACAAGCUAUAAGGGUGACAGUCUUGUAAAGUCAAUAAUUUCACAUGGUUCAAUGAAUUUCAUUCAAUUUGGAUGUGAUUUAUUCAUUUGUCUCCCCUUGACAAGAAUAUUGAAAAAUAUCAAUGGAUUUGCAAAGCUCUGAUUGUUUCUAAUCAAAAGGGACUGUUUCUAAUCAAAAGGGACUGAAUAUCACACUUUUAACAUUGUACAUAGAAUUUUGUUUAGUUUUCUUUCAAUUUGGAAAGAGAUUUUGAUGAGCGUCAUACCGAUUUAAAAAUUUCUACACAAGUUCAUAUAAACAUGUUAAAUUCAUGGCAUGCUGUGUUCAGUUUAACCAUUUAUUUCCUAAUUUGAUUUACAAAUAAAAAAUGAAAUUUUCCCCUAAAUCUCUGUGACUCUGUCAGAGGAUUAUUUACCCAAAUACCAAGAUAAAUUUUUACCACGCUUAUUCAAUUUUCAGAUCUUUGGAUAUUAUGAAAAAAAUGAGGUGGAAGCUUUUUAAAUGUUAUGCCUGUCGAUUUUAGAUAACUUUAACAGUUUCUUGUAACAAAAACAUUAUUUUUCCUGCUGAACUGAAGGAACAAAAUUAAUUUCUGAAAAAAAAAACUUCACCAAAAAAAGAGAAAUACAAGGAUUAAUAUGUGAUUAAUAUUUAAGUUGAUGUUGCCAUAUCAGGGACUAAAGUGUUAUUACAUAUUUACUUCAGCUUAUUUCACACAGCUAAAAAAGGCAUAUAAAUGGACAUGAUAUGAUAUUUGUUAAUUGAGUAUACAUGGUUCUGAUUAUAGAUGUGAUGAUUAAUAUUAUAUGUGAUAUAUGUUGAUAUGUUGAUCUGUUGAACUACCUCACACAGGCAAUUUUAGUUUUAUUCUUUUCAUAUCCCUCUGAUUUAGUUUUAACCACGUCUAACUGUAAAUUCAGAAAUUAUUGUGUAUGUUUAUUAUUACUGUCUGUAUCAAUCCUUUUUAAUACUAACUUUUCAGGAUAGUUUUGUCAAUGAUUAACAUAUUGUUAGUCUAGCAUGAUUAUAAUAGUGAAGAGCAAAUUUCUGAUGAAAAAUCCAACAUUAAUUUCUUUCGUAUUCCAUGCCACUUGAGCACUUUAUAGAAAUUCUAAGAUUUCUUCACAGAGAAAACCAAUCUCUAAUAUUGGAUCAGUUUAAUAAUUAUAAUUUUAAUGUUUUAUCUACAGCUCAUCUAAACAGAUUAUUAUUUCCUAAUUGCAACACAAACAUGCAGUAAUGUGAUGUUUGUAUAUUUAUAUUGUUUUAGAAACUUUAAUGGGAGAUAUUUACUGAUAUUACAAAAGUGCAAACUCACUUUUUUCCAACCUUCUUUUGAGCUGUUUUAAUGUUUGAUAGUUUAUUAAUUUGUAAAUCAAAACACCCUUUCCAAUCAGCAUUCUUUCCUUUUUUAGCUCACCUGACCCGAAGGGUCAAGUGAGCUUUUCUCAUCACUUGGCGUCCGUCGUCGUCGUCGUUAGCUUUUUACAAAAAUCUUCUCCUCUGAAACCACUGGGCCAAAUUUAACCAAACUUGGCCACAAUCAUCAUUAGGGUAUUUAGUUUAAAAAAUGUGUCCAAUGACCCCGCCAACCAACCAAGAUGGCCGCCAUGGCUAAAAAUAGAACAUAGGGGUAAAAUGUAGAUUUUGGCUUAUAUCUCUGAAACCAAAGCAUUUAGAGGAAAUCUGACAAAGGGUAAAACUGAUUAUCAGGUCAAGAUCUAUCUGCCCUGAAAUUUUCAGACAAAUCUGACAACCUGUUGUUGGGUUGCUGCCCCUGAAUUGGUAAUUUUAAGGAAAUUUUGCAGUUUUGGGUUAUUAUCUUGAAUAUUAUUAUAGAUAGAGAUAAACUGUAAACAGCAAUUAUGUUCAGCAAAGUAAGAUCUACAAAUAAGUUGUCAUGACCAAAAUUGUCAGUCGACCCCUUUAGGAGUUAUUGCCCUUAAUAAUCAAUUUUUAACAAUUUUUCGUAAAUUUUUGUAAUCUUUUACAAAAAUCUUCUUCUCUGAAACUACUGAUACAAAUUUAACCAUACUUGGCCAUAAUCAUUAUUAGGGUAUCUAGUUUAAAAAUUUGUCCGAUGACCCCGCCAACCAACCAAGAUGGCCGCCAUGGCUAAAAAAAGAACAUAGGGGUAAAAUGCAGUUUUUGGUUUAUAUCUCUGAAACUAAAGCAUUUAGAGCAAAUCUGACAGGUGGCAAAAAUGUUCAUCAGAUUUAGAUUUAUCUGCCCUGAAAUUUUCAGACAAAUCCGACGACCCGUUGUUGGGUUGCUGCCCCUGAGUUAGUAAUUUUGCAGUUUUUUGUUAUUAUAUUAGAUAUCAUUAUAAUAUCUAAUAUCUAAUACUAUUAAUUAUGAUUUUAACCUUAUUUUACAUGAUUUCCAAAGCAUCAGUACAUACAGGUGAGCGACACAGGCUCUUGAGAGCCUCUAGUUUAAUCAUUUGAAUAUUACUUCACACGAAAACAUGCAAAUGAUAACAUGACAAACAAUCUAAUAUAAUGGUGUCAGCAGUUUGGAAUACUCAGUAUUUAAUACUUUAAAGGUCAACAACAGAUUUUUAAAGCAAACUUGUCUUUUUUAAAUUUUGUUUCACUUCUUCAUGCACAUGCAACAUUACUCAGGGUGAAAAUAUAGUUUUCAUCGUCUUUUUUAAACAUUAUUUUGAUGGUUGGUUAUCACUUAUACUUCAUGUCAAAUGUUUAUGCCCAUCAGGCCCUUUAUUGGAAUAAAAAUAUUCAUCUUCUUCUUAUACUCAUAUUUAUUAAAGGAUUAAGUUAUUUUAUUUGAAUGAAAAUUAUGAUAAUUUUUGUUUGUUAAAUGCAAUUGUUCUGGAAAGGUACCAACAUGCACAUAUUCAGAAAGCAUUGCAUUUUACCUUCCAGUUGGAUGGCUUAGAAGUAGAUACCAUAUCAAGGAUUUCUCUGUCUGACAUUUUUUUCCUGUAGUUUUCUGUGAUAUUAGAAUAGUGCUUGAUCUUGUCAGAUUUAUGAUGGUCUCAAACCAUAAUGUCUCAUGUUUUGUUUUAUGAAAACCAAAGAAAAAACUUUUGUUUCAAUUCCUACAAAAUAUCUCAAUAAUAAGUUGAGGAUUUUUUUUUAAUAUUAGCACUAUAGUAAGUGUAUUGGGGAGAAAUUGUGACUGGCAAUUAAAUAAUGGCAAAGAUGCAGUCAUUUAAGUAACUGCAGUCUUAUCUAAUAUUUUCAUUUGGGCUGUGAAGUUGAUGUUUUACAGAUUACUGUAAUAACUUUCUUACUUAACAUUUUGUCUCUUGAAACAAACAGUAAUUAUGAUUUGUUUUGAUCAGUUAUAGUAGUGAUCUGCCAUUUUUGAAUCUCAAAAAUCAAAUAGGUCUAUAACUUACAUAUUUUACAUUUCAUAAUGAUAAGCAUGAAUUUCAGCAUCAGAUGCAUAAUGAAAGAUAAUACAUUACAUAGAAAACUAUUUUUACACAGUAAACCAUACAUGUAUAUUUUGUGUAAGAUAAACUGUAUAUUUUCCAUUUUGUGUAUAAAGAUAGACUGUAUUAUUACUGUAUUUGUGAUUAAUGAACAUUUUGUGGAAGUUAAACUGUAUUAUUACUGUAUUUGUGAUUUAUGAAUAUGUGAUAAAAGCUGUUUUCAUUCUGUACAUUGUUAAACAGUAAACAUACUUUUGAGAGCAAUAAACAAGACUUUAGAUUUGCUCA